UGAUGCACUCAAGAGAGUCUGGAGAAACAGAAGUCUGUUUUGUCUUGGUCAGAUGCUGGUCGUAAUCUUGGGCAAGCCAUUUAAUGUCAGGUUUGAGUCUCCUCGUCUCCUAAGUUGGAAUUUUAAAGUAGAUGCUCCCUGAAAUGGGUGCUCAGGUCACUUCUGGUUUUAAAGUCCUUGAGUCUAAGAUUGGGUCCUCAACCUUCUUAAGGUUGUUGGGAUUGAGCAGAUGUUUUCUGAGCACACAGUGUUUAAAGGGUGUACGAGGGUUUUGGAGGUAAGUAAGUGGAUAGUCCUAUGUGCUGAAAACCAUGACCUGGUGUGGAAUCAGGCUGACUUCUACCAUGGAAGUAUGCAUAUAGCUGGAUGUAAGGAUGGUUGGGGAAUGGGAAAUUGGCCAUUGUCUAAAAAGGUAACCAGUUUGAGGGAUUUGCCUGAUGGGUAGGUAGCAAGGCAGAAUGUAAAGGGCAGGAAAUGUCUAUGGAAAGACCCAGAAGCUUCAGAAGAGUCAGGGAGUUAUAUGUGGUCAGUACUUUUGAAAAUGCAGUCUGGUCGGGAGCUUUCUGUGCUGUGUUGAGAUUUUGUACUGCAGGUGUUUGGCAGAUAGGGAUUGUAAGCAGGCAAGUUACAUUAGGCUUGUAGGGUUUGGAGUUGUCCAUGGUAGCAAGCAGAGUGAUGAAUGGGGGAGCAUGGUCAGGUGUCAAAAUUAAGAGUGUUGAGCCAAGGGGAGACAGGAAGGGGUAAGUGGAAGUGCUGGGGUUUAUCAGGAUAUAUAGGCAGUGGUUUUCUGUUCAUGGCCAGUGUAUUCUAUGUCAGCAAACUCAGCAGAUGAGGAAACUUUCUCAUUGAAAUGCACAUAGGGAGAGAAUAGGCCAGAGCAGUCACUGGGUAGGUCAUCCCUUCCCCCUCUCCGUCAGAACACCUCCAUCAUGCCUCCUGCCAGUCCUCUUUCUUUUUUCCUGUGGGUCCUGUUGAUUGUAUUGUUUCUUCCACGGCUGCAUGUCAACAACAUUGAUGAUCAGCAGAACAUCAGUUCCUUACGCGCUGCACCAGCAGGAGAAUAUUUUAUAAUUAAAAAUUUUUGAAAAGUGCUGGAGUUAUCGAGGAAAAAUUCCACAACUGUCUCACUACUGCAUGAAGUGUUGAAAGUUUUUAAAGAACGCAGUUGAAUGUGUUGGUGAUAGAAAGAAGAUGGAAGUUUUCCAGGAACUUCGGAAACCAUCUGUACGUUUGGAGUGUGACCACUGCAGUUUCAGAGGCACCGAUUAUGAAAAUGUGCAGAUCCACAUGGGCACCAUCCACCCAGAAUUCUGUGAUGAAAUGGAUGCUGGGGGUUUAGGUAAGAUGAUAUUUUACCAGAAAAGCGCAAAGCUCUUUCACUGCCAUAAAUGCUUCUUCACCAGCAAAAUGUACUCCAAUGUGUACUAUCACAUCACAUCCAAACAUGCAGCCCCAGAAAAAUGGAAUGAUAAACUGAAAAGUCAGUUGAACAAAGAGACAGAUCCUUUGAGAAUGCCCCCUCUUCCCGAACACCAGAAAACACCCUCUAGUUCAGCAGAACUCCUGGAACCUGGGACUUCCCUCUCCAUAGAAACACAGAAACUAGGUCCAGUUCUGUCUCCAGAGUCCCCUGAACCUGAUCCUCUUGCUCCACUGGAGCUUCAGAAACCCGGCCCUGCUGUUCCUCCUGAGCAGGCAACAACUCCUCCUCCGGAGCCUUCGAAACCUGUUCCUGUUUCUUCUGAGCUUCCAAAAUCAGCACCUGUUGUGUCUGAGUUGCAGAAGCCUGUCCCUGUCCCCUCUCCAGAGCCACAGAAACCUGUCCCUAUGUCUCCUGAGCCAGUAAAGGCUGCUCUUGCUAACCCUAAGCCUCAGAAGCACUCUCACUUUGCAGACACAGGGGGACCACCUUCAGCCUCAUCUCCUGAGUCACCGGUUCUGGCUGCUUCCCCUGAGUCUUGGGGGCUGUCCCCAACUGCAUCUCCAGAAUCUCGGAAGCCCACCCGGACUGCCUCUCCAGAGCCAAAGAAGCCAUCCCCGUCAGAGUCUCCUGAACCUUGGAAGCCAUUUCCUGCUGUCUCCCCAGAGCCCCGGAGACCAGCCCCAGCUGUGUCGCCAGGUUCCUGGAAGCCAGGGCCACCUGGAUCCCCGAGGCCUUGGAAAUCCAGUCCGUCGGCAUCUUCAGGACCUUGGAAGCCAACCAAACCUGCUCCAUCUGUGUCUCCUGGACCCUGGAAACCAAUUCCUUCUGUAUCACCUGGACCUUGGAAACCAGCUCCAUCUGUGUCCCCUGCGUCCUGGAAGUCGUCUUCAGUCUCAUCUGGCUCCUGGAAAACUCCCCCUACAUCUCCAGAGUCGUGGAAGUCUGGACCACCAGAGCUCCGAAAGUCAUCCCCUGCCUUGUCACCUGAGCACUGGAAAGCAGUUCCCCCAGUGUCUCCUGAACUUCGCAGACCAGGCCCGCCACUCUCCCCAGAGAUCCGUAGCCCAGCAGGCUCUCCAGAGCUCAGGAAACCCUCAGGGUCACCAGACCUUUGGAAGCUUUCUUCUGACCAGCGGAAAACUUCUCCUGCUUCAUUUGAUUUUUCUGAGUCUCAAAAAAGUUCCCGUGGUGGUUCUCCUGAUCUCUGGAAGUCUUCCUUUGUCAUGGAACCUCAGAAACCUGCUGUCUUCCCUGAAACCCGGAAGCCAGGUCCUUCUGGGUCAUCUGAGUCCCCAAGAAUGACUUCGGAUAUCUGGAAGCCUGUCCUUUCUAUUGAUGCUGAGUCUCGAAAGUCUGCACUGUUUCCUGAGCCCACCAGAGCAGCCCCUCCUGCUUCUCCUGAGCCACGGAAACGUGUUCUUUUCCCAGAGUCCCGGAAGCAUGCCUUGUUCCCUGAACUGCCCAAGUCUGCUGUGUUCUCAGAGGCUCAGAAAGCAGCAGAGCUUGGUGAUGAGCUACAGAUAGAUGCCGCAGAGGACCAAAAAUGUGAUCUUUUGGUUCAGGAAGAGCUUCUGGCCACUCCCAAGAAACUCUUGGAAGAUGCCCUAUUUCCUUCCUCCAAGAAGCUCAAGAAGGAUAGCCAGGAGAGCUCAGAUGCUGAGCUGAGCAGCAGUGAGUACCUCAGAACAGACCUGGAUGCCAUAGACAUGAAGGGCCAGGAGUCCAGCAGUGAUCAAGAGCAGGUGGAUGUGGAAUCUAUUGAUUUUGGCAAAGAGAACAAAAUGGACAUGACAAGUCCAGAGCAAUCCAGAAAUGUGCUACAGUUCACUGAAGAAAAAGAAGCAUUUAUCUCAGAAGAGGAGAUUGCAAAAUACAUGAAGCGUGGGAAGGGGAAAUAUUAUUGCAAGAUCUGUUGCUGUCGUGCUAUGAAGAAAGGUGCUGUUUUGCAUCAUUUGGUUAAUAAGCACAAUGUCCACAGUCCUUACAAGUGCACAAUUUGUGGAAAGGCCUUUCUUCUGGAAUCUCUCCUUAAGAAUCAUGUGGCAGCUCAUGGGCAAAGUUUACUUAAAUGUCCACGUUGUAAUUUUGAAUCCAAUUUCCCGAGAGGCUUUAAGAAACACCUAACUCAUUGUCAAAGCAGGCAUAAUGAAGAGGCAAAUAAAAAGCUGAUGGAAGCUCUUGAGUCCUCCUUGGAGGAGCCACAGAUUUGAUUUUUGAGCACACUUGCUGUACAGUGCUGUCUGUGGAGACUGCAGCUUGUUACGUGGCCUGGUUGGGCCAGUAGAUGGUAAUGUGCAGCGUGUACCGUGUGUGAUUGUCUCACUAGUGUUGAAAGGUUAAGUACUUUUUUCUGCUGUUAUGUGGCUGUCUUGUAAAUCAACAAAUUUCUACUGUAUAUUUCAGAUGGUUAAAACUUCUCAUUUCUUUUAAAUAUAUUUAAAUAGUAACACAGAGAAGUAGGCAUUCUGUAUAGUAAAUGAACAAGUUCUGAACCCCUGUUAAAAUAUGUCUGUGUGUGUGUAAAACCCAGUUUCAGACAAUAGAGGUUAUUAGGUAUAGGGCUCGGGAGCAACUCAGUGGUAGAGCGCUUGCUUAGCAUGUGCCAGGCCCUGGGUUCAGUCCCCAGCACCCCACGAAAAAUUAUUAGGUGGAAUGUUCAAGAAUAGGCAUGAAAAGUAAACUUAAGAAAAAUUUUGUUUCCCUGAUGUAUUUUAAAAUCCUAAGAGUUAUUUUCUAUUUGAUCAUGUAAAAUUAUUUUAUAAAUCUUGAACAGUUUUUAGAUGCUCAUAAACUUUUAUGUCAUGGAAAGCUGAGUCUCAGGGUUGCUGAUUUUCUGCUGACAGGGAAAGUCAAGGAAGUCUUUGAAGUAAUCUGCAGCCUUCUACAGGGGCUGUGAGGAAGGCCUGGGGGGCUCUUCUCGUCCUCAGUCAACUGCAUCUGAGUCUUCCAUCUGCUGUCCUGCCCUCACUUUCCUGUCAGCCCACACUAACAAAUUAAUGGAUGAUCUCAGAUGAACUUUUUUCCCCCUCUUCUCUUCUGGGGUGCUGGUGAUGAAACCCAGGACCUCUUGCUAGGCCAGUGCUCUUUCUGCCACUGAGCCACACCCCAGCCCACAGCAGAUCCUUAACUGCCAAAUGUGUUAGUGUUCUGUACCUUGUACUGCUGGGCCUCGCUCCCCCUGUUGGGUUUAAGACCAGAGUAGUGGGUAGGAGUUGAAAGUCUUCCAGAUUCAUAGUAAGAGCUUUUGUAAAUGUUAAAGAAAUAUAUCGGUUUUGAAUUUCACAGUUAUGUUACUGUAAAUACCUUGUACCUGUUCAGGAUUAUUUUAUUCUAAGAUAUUUUGUCAAAUGUGUAUUAACCAAAUUAAAAAGACUUUCAUGUCA